AUGGCAUUCUCUACAAGUACCAUACCAGUAACCUGUCGACUAUCGAAACCUCUUCCUUCAGGUACCAUUGACUCUCAUAUGCACAUAAUCCCUCCUAACUUUGAGAAAUUCCCUGUUCUGCCUACAGCACAAUACAAGCCAACUCCUCAUACCUUAGCAGAUGCCGAGCGCUUCUACCGCCAGGACUCUGGUCUAGGUAUAGCCACGCCUCGCCUUGUUCUGACACAAGUAAGCGUCUACGGGCACGAUAACUCUGCCCUGCUCGAUAGUGUGGCAAAACUUGGAUCGAAUGCUCGGGGAGUGAUCGAAUGUGACCCAAACAGCAUCACAGUGGACGAUUUAGAAUCCUGGUGGAGUCAGGGUGUCCGAGGUGUAAGGAUAAAUCUUGUCAGUGUAGGACGUUCGAUGACCGAGGACGAACUUCGAGAGACUCUUCAAGCAUAUGUCGACAAGCUUGCGCGGCAUGAGUUGAGAGCUGACAAGAAAUGGGUGGUCGAAAUGUUCCUACCCUUAAAAAUGAUACCACUCUUAGCCAACGUUCUGCCUGAUAUUCGCAAUGGCAGGCAAGUACGUUGGUGCCUUGACCAUUUCGGUGGCCUGAAGAUGGCAUCUGAUGCAGCCAAUUUCGGUCCCAGUGAUGAUCCGCACACAAUACCUGGGUUCACCGAGCUGGUCAGGGUGAUAAGCGAUAAAGCCAUGCCAGAGGUCUAUCUGAAAAUCUCGGCUCCAUAUCGAAUCGACCCAGAGUACCCGUCAUCCAAAGCUCUCAAAAAGCUUGAUCGAAUUGGGAUGGAGUUAGUCGCUAAAGCAGAGGACAGGCUGAUGUGGGCAAGUGAUUGGCCUCAUACCAGGUUCGAGAACAUUGACAGUAAACCUUUCGUCGAAAGUUGUUAUUCAUGGUGUGGAGAAGGACAAGAGGGUGAAGAGAGACGAUUGAAGCUGUUCAGACUGAACUCAGAGUUGUUGUGGGAUAUGGCCUCAAGCUAG